GCAGCUUCCCAAACAGGUGUUUCUCGCUGCAAAUACACCGAAGUGACAGACGGCUGUGGUGCUUUCUUGAGUCGGUUGUCCGGAUCUUGCAUUGUUUGCUUUGCAGCCAUUUUUAGCACAGUGUUCGUUCAAAAUCACGUUGCCCACUAUGUUGAUCAAGGAGAGCUUCGCCGAUGUGCAGACAUCUGCUCAUGGAAAGGAGAGCUCCAUGCGAAUCUUCCUGUUCCAUCCUACAAUCCCUGGAUAUCCGAAUGCGCGGUUCCCCGGAGUUGUGCUGUUCAGCGAAAUCUACCAGGUCACUGGGCCCGUUGUUCGUUUCGCCAGGCAGAUUGCCGGCCAGGGCUACAUCGUCGCCGCUCCGAGCAGCUACCAUGACUUUACCGGCCCUGAACCUUUAGCGUACGAUGUACCGGGGACUGACCAGGGAAAUGAAUGGAAGAUAACGAAGACCCUCGAGUCCUACGACGAAGACUCCUACAAGACGGUCGACUAUCUCCUCUCCCUGCCCACAUGCACUGGACGAAUUGGCGCAACCGGCAUGUGCCUGGGCGGACACCUUGCCCUGCGCGCGAGUCUCGACCCUCGCAUAACAGCCUCCGUCUGUUACUUCCCAACCGACAUCCACACGCGCACCCUGGGGCCUUACGACGCGGCCAACUCCUCCCCAUCCGCCCCUCCUGACAGCAACCACACGAUCGAUCUCUUGUCCAAGAUCCGCGGUGAGGUGGCGCUCAUCUUCGGGGUCAAGGACACGCACGUCCCCGACGGGGGGCGGGAUCUGAUCCGGCACAAGAUGCGCGAGGCCAGCGUGGUCUUCAGCUUCCACGAGUUCGCGUGGGCGCAGCACGCCUUCAUCCGCGACGAGCUCAGCAAGGGCCGCUACGACCCGGCCGUGAGCAAGGCCUGUUUCGAGGUGCUGCUGGAACUGUUUGGGCGCGUGCUGAAGACCGAGUUGGGCGAGCGGGAUGGCAAGGUGCAUGAGGUGGAGCACGUUUGCUGAGUUACUACUUACUGUGCCUGCCUUGACAGG